GUCAGUUUGUCGUGCUUACACUUCCCGCUAUUUUGUGGCUCACUAAGGCUAGCUGUUGUUGAUUUCUGAGCUUAGUGGCAGUAGGCCGCCUACCUUCAAGCUCGCAGAGCAUUAAGCUAGGCAACUUCCACUAAAGCUGCUCCCGAUGCUAUCUCGUUAGCUAUCUGGAAAAGUGAAACAUUAGCUUUUUUCCAGGACAAACUCAGUUAGCUAUAUCGAUUCUGCGUUAGCUGGGUUGCUAACAGCAGUGGAGUGGAGAGACUGCCUGCUGCUACCGAUCACCGUCCAGCCUCAAACACACAUUUGGCUCUCUGCAUAGAACAGAAUGUCUAAAAGUGAACCAGAAGAGAUGAUAGAGAUCGAGAUCGAUGAACGGGAGAAACAGACAUGCCUGGAGGAAGGGGUUGAGGAGCAGACCAUCACUGCAUCAGAUUUGAUUCAGCAAGAUAUUGACAUCAAUGAGCCCAUUGGCAAUUUGAAGAAGCUCUUGGAGCCUCGUAUCCAAAUGUCACUGGAUGCAUAUGAGAUCUGCCUGCAGGACAUUCAGCUUCACCCUGACCACAGCCUCUUCGAUCAGGGAGUAAAGACAGAUGGCACAGUGCAGCUGAGCCUGCAGAUAAUAACCAAGCCAGGUGAGGAGAAGUUGAACAUUUUGGAAAUUGUGAAGCCUGUAGAAACGGUAGAGGUGGUGAUUGAUCCAGAUGCAGCAGGAGAAGAGGGAGGUCUGGUGGAGGAGGGUCAACUCAUUGCCGUGGAGCGAUCUGGCCUGUCUGAUGAGACGUCGGAGCAGGUCACGCGCUGGGCUGCAGCACUUGAAGGCUACCGCAAAGAGCAGGUUCGCCUGGGCAUACCAUAUGAUCCUGUGCUCUGGUCAGCUGACCAGGUGAUCCACUGGGCUGUGUGGGUAAUGAAGGAGUUUAACAUUGAUGAGAUGGAAAUAGGCAGCAUUCACAUCCCAGGUCGAGAUCUCUGCUCAUUCAGCCAGGAAGAGUUCCUUCAGAAAGUGCCUAAUGGAGAGAUACUCUGGAGUCACCUGGAACUCCUACGCAAAUAUGUGUUGGCAAGCCAGGACCAGUCUGGAGGGGAUGCUACUGUCACCAUUGAUCAGCCUGUGCACAUAAUCCCAACUCAAGUGAGCACACCCACUGCCAUAAAGGUGUUGAAGCAGAACCGUGGCCCCAGGACUCCCCGAAUUUCAGGGGGAGAGGAGCGCAGCUCACCUGGCAACCGCACAGGCAACAACGGUCAGAUCCAGUUGUGGCAGUUCCUGCUGGAGCUGCUGACAGACAAGGAUGCAAGAGACUGCAUCUGCUGGGUGGGUGAGGAGGGCGAGUUCAAACUCAACCAGCCCGAGCUUGUGGCGCAGAAAUGGGGCCAGCGCAAGAACAAGCCUACAAUGAACUAUGAGAAACUCAGCAGAGCCCUCAGGUAUUACUACGACGGAGACAUGAUCAGCAAGGUGCAGGGCAAGCGCUUUGUCUACAAGUUUGUGUGCGACCUGAGAACUCUGAUUGGCUACAGUGCUGCUGAGCUCAACAACCUGGUGACCGAGUGUGAACAGAAGAAACUGGCUCGCAUGCAGAUGCACGGCAUCGGUCAGCCCAUCACUACAGUGACGCUGGCCACCACCACACUAGACAAAGACAGUUGAAGGAGGAUGCAUUGAAGCGCCCUCCAGCUGCCAAAGUUUGCUCUCAACCGCUGAUUGGAAAUCAAAUCAACUUUCUUCUUUUUUGACACAACUGUGUUUAUCAGGCACAGAAAUGCAAGGCUGAUCAGUGUGGAUUAACAACUUUGUUAUUGUCUUUACAGUUUGAAGUUAGACUGAGGCAGGUUUAUCUUUUCUGUAACUCUAACCAAGAGAAUUGUGUUCUGGAUGAGGAGGUGAAUGUCUGUGUGAUUACUGAGAAAUGCUGUUGUGUGCAUGUGACUGAAUGCUUUAAGGUGAGACUGAGUUAUGAGCUUUGUGUAAGGAGUUCCCUGUCUGUAGUUUAGGAUCAUUUCCACUGUAUAUACUGGUACUUAAUGUUUUUGAUAGCCACAAGGACAAGUGUAUUUUCAUAUUUUCCAUUUAUACAGGACCUGUUUUGUAUUUUAUUUAGUGUUUGUUCCCUAAAUCGCUGGACCCUUUUUUGUCCACUAGAGGGAAUAAAGUGGCAAGCAUUUUUCUUAA